ACCGUUUUGCGAGUCAGACUGCGAACCGGGGGCAGAUGUUCUGCCUUGUUCCGACCCAAAAGACACCCAUGGACCAUGGACCUCAGGAGAGGAUUGUGGAUUUGUGCCAAUUUCAUCACAGGUUUCUCUUUGACAUUCUGGUCACCGAGGCUUAGCCAGGUGCCCCCAUCGCCAUUGCAUGCAGAGACAGUUGGUAACCCGUCUGUAGUACGGAGACACAUGUUGGCUGCUGCAUCCACACGCUUCUGUCACUGCCUGCCGCACGAUCAUGGCUGGGAACUGUCUUGCUGUAUCAGUACGGAUCCUGUCCCACAUUCAUUAGAGGUAACGACAUGACGCUCUGAUUCGCCGGGGCAAGGGGAUUAGCCGGUCGGCACCCAAUCACUCGGUGCCCCCAGACGGAGCGGUAUGCUGCCGUGCGGCGUGCCACAAGGUUACACUCUGUCCCUGCGAGCGGGAUUCAACGACGG